AUGUCUUCUUCCGCCUCUCUUGAACUAGGGCAAUUUAAAGGAAAUAUCGACUCUUUCCAGCUGCCUUGGGUAGAAAAAUAUCGGCCACGCGUCUUAGGCGAGAUUGUUGGCAACGAGGCAACGAUUGAUCGGCUUAAAGUCAUUGCGAGCACAGGGAACAUGCCAAACCUGCUAUUAUCAGGGGCUCCAGGGAUCGGUAAGACGACUAGUAUUGUGUCUCUUGGGAAUAUGUUGUUGGGAGAUAAGGCAAAAGAAGCCAUACUGGAAUUGAACGCGUCUGAUGAUCGAGGAAUUGAAGUAGUCCGAAACAGAAUCAAGGCAUUCGCUAAAAUGAAAUUAACGCUUCCACCUGGUCAAACAAAGAUAGUUGUGCUUGAUGAAGCUGAUAGUAUGACAGCAUCAGCGCAACAAGCUCUUCGUCGUAUCAUGGAAAUGUACUCGAAUAUAACGAGAUUUGCGCUCGCGUGUAAUCAACCGAACAAAAUUAUCGAACCGAUUCAGAGCAGAUGCGUUAUUCUGCGGUUCAGCAGAUUGUCUAAUGAGCAAGUUCUAAAACGAUUAUUGGAAAUAUGUGAAAUAGAAAAUGUAAAAUAUAACGACGAAGGACUAAACUCAAUAAUGUACACUGCGGACGGAGACAUGCGUCAAGCGAUCAACAACCUACAAUCGACCUGGUCCGCCUUCAACUACGUAAACUCGGAAAACGUAUUCAAAGUGUGCGACACGCCACACCCGCACAUUGUGUCCCAAGUCAUCGAGUAUAGUCUCGUCGGUAAUAUCGAUGAAUCGUUGAAAUAUCUGACACAACUUUGGGACUUUGGGUAUAGUGCUGUGGAUAUCGUCACGACUUUUUUCAGGGUCACGAAAACUUUUCCGGGGAUUCCAGAGGAUUUAAAGUUGCAGAUGAUUUAUGAAAUCGGACAUACUCAUAUGAUGAUUCUCGAAGGAGUCCAAUCUUUGCUGCAGUUGGCUGGACUUGUCGCGAGACUAUGUAAAUUAUCACCACAAUACCAGUCACCUCAAGCUCAAGCCAAACCUCGAAUAGUGGAAUGA